UGUCUCUUACAAGUGGUUUGGUGAUGGCUACAUCCUGAUUGGUUUUAAUCAAGGCUAUUUUGUUGUCAUCUCAACACACAUGAAAGAAAUAGGACAGGAGCUUUUCCAGGCCCGAAAUCACAAGAAUCAUCUGAACAGCAUAGCAGUAUCACCAUCUCUGGGCAAAGCAGCAUCUUGUGGUGACAACUGCAUCAAAAUUCAUGACCUUUCUGACCUUAAAGAGAUGUAUGCCAUCAUUGUAUUGGAGGAUGAACGCAAGCUGGAUCGAAUUCAGUGGUCAGAUGAUGGGCAGCUUUUGGCUGUUUCCACUCCUCAGGGUGCUUUACAUGUCUACCUGGCACAGCUGCCCAUGCUAGCCUCUGUCUCACAAACACGUAUUGCCCAUCUAACAUCCUUGCUGGAGGUCACAGUUGAGGAUGGUGUGGCUGGGGAAGGACCUGUAACAGUUGCCAUUGAGGUGGAGCCAGCAUUUUUAGGUGUUGGCCCCUAUCACCUAGCUGUUGGCAUGAACAACAGAGCAUGGUUUUACUUUCUGGGGAGUGGAAGUCCAGAAAGACUUAAGGAAAACAGAGAGUAUCUGGGCACAGUUCAAUUUAUAAGUCUGAAUGCAGACUAUGCAGCUGUCAGCUUUGACAACAAAGUCCUGUUACAUAUGAUUGAAGGUGAGGGGACAGUGAGAGAAGAUCGGGAAUCACAACUGUUUCCAGAUCCUGAACAGCACAGUGUGAAGAUAACCUGCCAUUUCCUGACUCCAGAGUUUCUUAUUUUUGGAACUCAACAUGGUAGCAUCCACUUUUUCUUCAUCGAGGAUUGGCAGUAUGUCACAGAACAUCGCCACAUGGUUGGCAUUCGCAGAAUUUUUCCAGAUCCGAGUGGAACCAGGCUCAUUUUCAUUGAUGAUAAGAGUGAUGGCUAUGUCCUGAACCCAAUGAUGGAUACAAGAGUUCCCAUCCAAAACUUUUCUGCUACAGUCGAAGGCAUUCUCUGGGAACAUUGGCAUCUAGAUAAGGGAGUAUUCAUCGCCUAUGACAAGGAUAAGAUCUCCACCUACCUGUACUGUGAAGAGACUAUAAGUGGUGCUCAGGUAAUCUUGGUUGGCCACUGGAAACUUCCUUAUGGACAGGUCCCAGUGCUGCUCUACAAUGGAGAGGUUACUCUGCAGACACAGAGUGGAAAGCUUGCUACCCAGCUUCUUGACACACACACAUAUGUUUUUAAUGAGAAUGUGCAAGAGUUACCACCAAAUAUGAUACGGCUUGCAGCAGAACAAUGCAUUAAGCUGAGAAGGUUUCAAGAUGCCUGGAUUUACAGCCUUCAGUUGAACAACCCAAGCAUGUGGCAGAUGUUAGGAAAGUCUGCUCUCUGUGAUUUGGAUCUGGACUUUGCUCUCAGAGUGUAUCGUCAAAUUGGAGAUGUUGGGAUGGUCAGUUCUCUUCGUAAGAUCAGAAACAUUGAAAACCGUAACCUGCUGGCUGGAUAUGUUGCCAUGUUUCUUGGAGAGUUCAACCAUGCCCAGGACUUGUUUCUGAGCUCCAGCAAUCCAUCUGCUGCCCUGGAGAUGCGGAGAGACCUUCUGCACUGGGACAGUGCACUACAGCUUGCAAAAGCUUUGUCUCCAGAGCAGAUUCCAUACAUCUCACGUGAAUAUGCACAACAGCUGGAGUUCACAGGAGACUAUAAUAAUGCAAUGUCUCACUAUGAAAAGGGGAUGACAAACAGUGAUAAGGAAAAAGACCAUGAUGAUGUGUGUGCAGCAGGUAUUGCAAGGGUAUCCAUCAGGCUUGGAGACAUUCGCAAAGGUGUGUCACUGGCCAUGAAAAUGCCAAGUAGAAUCCUAAAAAAGGAAUGUGCUGCUAUUUUGGAAAGCAUGAAGCAAUGGACAGAGGCAGCUGUGCUGUAUGAACAAGGCCAAUAUUAUGACAAGGCAGCAUUUGUCUACAUUCGAGGAAAAAAUUGGAGUAAAGUUGGGGAGCUACAGUCCAAAAUCACUUCUCUGAAAAUCCAUGCCCAGUAUGCCAAAGCAAAGGAGGCUGAUGGGCGCUAUAAGGAAGCUGCAGAGGCAUACAAAAUGGCCAAAGAGUGGGACAAUGUUAUUCGUAUUAACCUGGAGUACCUACAAAAUCCAGAGGAGGCUGUACACAUUGUUCAAGAAACCCAGUCUGUUGAAGGUGCCAAGAUGGUAGCCAAAUUUUUCCAGCAUCUAAAUGACUAUGCAUCAGCCAUACAGUUCCUGGUAAUGUCUCACUGCAAUGAUGAGGCCUUCCAGCUUGCUCAGGCUCAUGGCCAGAUGGAGAUUUAUGCAGACAUCAUUGGGUCAGAUGCAACUUCAGAAGACUACCAAAGCAUUGCCAUGCACUUUGAGAAUGACAAAAACCAUUUCCUGGCUGGUAAAUUCUUCCUGCUGUCUGGGCAGUACUCCAGAGCUAUGAAGCAUUUUCUGCGAUGUAACUCUGAAGAUGGACAAGCCAUAGAGCUAGCUAUAGAGACUGUGGGUCGUGCAAAUGAUGAUAAACUCACAGAGCAGCUAAUAGAGUUCCUUAUGGGAGACAUUGAUGGCACUCCAAAGGAUGCCAAGUACCUGUUCCGUUUGUACAUGGCACUGAAAAAAUACCAAGAAGCUGCCCGAACAGCCAUCAUCAUUGCUCGAGAGGAACAAAAUGCAGGAAAUUACCGCAACGCCCACGAUGUGCUAUUUAGCAUGUAUCAGGAGCUAAAGACAAAUCACAUCAAGAUCCCUAGUGAGAUGGUUACCAACCUGAUGAUCCUUCACAGCUAUAUCCUUGUUAAGAUCCAUGUAAAGAGAGGGGACCAUCUAAAGGGAGCCAGAAUGCUUAUUCGUGUAGCAAACAACAUCAGUAAAUUUCCAUCACACAUUGUUCCUAUCUUGACCUCAACAGUGAUUGAAUGUCAUCGAGCAUUGCUAAAGAACUCAUCAUUCAGUUAUGCAGCAAUGCUUAUGCGUCCAGAGUACCGUAACAGCAUUGACUUGAAAUAUAAAAAAAAGAUUGAGAUGAUUGUUCGCAAGCCAGACAAAACCGAAGAAGAUGAACCGCUGACUCCUUGCCCAGUGUGUGGAUUUCUGCUUCCAGAAACAGAACUUGCUUGUCCUGAUUGCAAGAAUCAACUCCCUUACUGUGUUGUCACUGGCAGACAUAUCUUGCGGGAGGACUUUACUGCUUGCCCCAGUUGUGACUUUCCAGCCAUUUUCUCAGAGUUCAUCAGGCUUCUUGAAACAGAAGAGAACUGCCCUAUGUGUAAUGAGAAAGUUCUGCAGGAGAAUCUUCAGAAGCUUUCAGACCCACACAAAUAUAUUUUCCAAGAUGAACAGUCCACUUAGUGAUGCAUCACCAAGUGCUGUUUUAAAACCUUAAACUGUAGCAUAUUCAGGUUAUCAUCAGGUUGGUGAUUGUAGCUUUGUGCUUUUAAACAUUCACAUUCAAAAUAUUAGCCCGCCCACUUGCAGCCUGUUUUCACAGUAAAGGGUACUGUAUUGCAGAUGUAAUAGAAAUUUUUUCUUAAAUCCUGGAAAAGUGUUUGGAAAGAGUUUUGUCAUGUUAAUUUGUUUUGUUCAUUUAUAGGUUAUUUUGAUACCAGUUAAUAGCUGUUCAAGGUAUUUUGAUAUUGUAAAACCAUUCCACUAAACAUUUUAGCUGUUUGAUAAUGCAUGUAAAAUAUAUAUAUUGCUUUCACCAUCACAUCAAGUUUAUAGUGUUGUAUCCUGGUGUGAUAUGGCAUAUUUGUAAAGCUUAACAAUCAGAGCAGUAGAAUAUGGUGCAAGCAUGGUGGGGAAGAAUGUGUGGCAGUCUGUCAGAUUAUAAUUCCAUCCACCCACCCCAGUCUUCAGCAUUUCAAUUCACACAGUACAAACUUACUAGGAAAUGAGAUUUGUGACCAAGAUCUUUACAAUGUAUAUACAUAGCAAGAAUAAGUCAGGGGAUUCAAGUGGCUUGUAAUUAAUGUAAUUUAACAAGUUUACACAGAAACUCCUGGCAUCUUUCUUUUUUCAUUGUCAUUGUAAAUGGUUUGCAAAAUGUAGAUGCAUGAAUGCAUACAAAAUUUAGACAUAUUAGACCUUAGACAUAUCAGACAUAGACAUAAACUUUAGACAAACGUUGAAAAAAACGGAGAUGGCCUUUGGAAGAGCAUACGAUGGACGAGAUGGCACAACUCCUCUCUCCCCACCAAUCCUAAAAGUGUUGAUCAGUUUUGUAAAGCGUGAUGAACCUGGCUUACUCAUUGGGAAACACCUGCUGCAAGAAAGCCCAGCCAAAGGGUUAAAUGAUAAUGAAACUGCUGACUGUAAUGAUGAGAUGUAAAUAAACAAGAUUACAAAGGA